UCUGGGUCCCGGCGGGCGGGCACUCGGCGGCCGCGGCGCGAUGGAGGCGCCGGCCGAACUGCUGGCCGCGCUGCCCGCGCUGGCCACGGCGCUGGCACUGCUGCUCGCCUGGCUGCUGCUGCGGCGUGGGGCGGCCCCGGCCCAGGAGAGAGCGUCCCCGGCUGAGGCCCCCGGGGCUCCCGCGCCGCCUGAGCCUCCCGAGCCCUGCGCCCCGGAGCCCGCACCCGCAGAGCCGUGCCAGCCCGAGCGCGUGGCGGAGCCAGGGGAGCCCGAGGCCGAGGAGCCAGCGGCCGAGGGGAGGCAGGAUGAAGAGCAAGACUCAGACAGUGAGACGGGCCCUCCCACCGAAGAACCUGAGGAAGAAGAUGGAGCUGCCUUUUCCUUUAAGUACAGCCCUGGGCAGCUGAGGGGAAGCCAGUACAAGAAGAUGAUGACCAAAGAAGAGCUGGAGGAAGAACAGAGAGUCCAGAAAGAACAGCUGGCCGCCAUCUUCAAGCUCAUGAAGGACAACAAGGAGACGUUUGGUGAGAUCUCCGACGGCGACAUGCAGGAGCAGCUCCGGCUCUAUGACAUGUAGGCCUGCUGCCCAGCAAGAUGUGACCCAGGACGCCCAGACAACCCUGAGAGGCCUGCUGCAGGCGGUUGUGAUUCCCGGACUUCUGAGGGGCUCUGAAAAGAAACAAAACAAACAAACAAACAAAAUGUGUGCUGUGUAAGGAUUGGCUUGGUCCCUGCAAUGUAUAUAUCAGGUCAGAGGAGCUGCCUUGUUUUCUUCAGAGGAAGAAAGCCCUGACCCCUCUGGCUUCAGCUUGCUGGCGAUGGUCCAGCUAUAGAGCCAGGGCGGGCUGUCCAGGAUAGCCUAUGAGGGCGUGUGGUGCUUGCACCCUAAGCACACCGUGUAAACAGGACAUGGGGAGAUAAGACAUUACUGAGUAACACUGAGAUCUUCAUUAUGCCCAAGGGGUAUUUCUGCAAGCACAGGGCGGCAGCUGAAGCAAGCAGUAGGGGAGCAAUAGUUUAGCCAAAGCCCGACUGAAGGGCUCACCCGAGGGCGGAGCAGUGGGCUCAGUUAGUAGAGUUGCUGCCAUUGCUGACACCUACCCUCACUGCAGCCGUGCCGUGAGCAUGUUUGCACACGGAGAACAAUGCUGGGCACUGUAGACAGAAGAAAUAAAACGCACAGCAGGAUCCUGGGGUGGAGCCAUGUGUGUCCUAAGUUCAAGGUCCCUGAGGUCCAUCCCCAGCAUCAGACACCCUCCCCUCCCCGGCCCCACCCAAAAAAAAAAUGUGAUCUAUACCUUUGGUGAGGCUAGCCCCCCUUAGAGAAGGAGAACUACCAGAAAGCAUUCGAGAAAAUGCCCAGGUCCUCUGGCAUAAUGCCUGGGGUUCCAGGGUGGGCAGGUCAGCGAUGACGGGGGUGGGGACCACAGCAGCUCCUUCGUGCCCCCAGUCCUACUUAGUGUCACCCCACUUGCCAGGAAGUGCUUUUUGCUGUUGUUUUUGUUUGGUUUGGUUUUCCAGACAGGGUUUCUCUGUGCAGCCCCGGCUGUCCUAGAGCUCACUCUGUAGACCAGGCUGGCCUCCAACUGACAGAGAUCUGCCUGCCUCUACCUCCAGGGACCCCAGGCACGUGCCGCUGCCACCACCUGGCUAGUAGGAAAGUUCCUAAGACCUAUUUUUUAUUUGUUAAAAUAAAGACUACAUUGACAUAGAGACACACCUCAAACUGGGGAGCAGAGUUAACUUCUUAGUCAUUUUUAGUUGUGUGUGUUUGGAUUGUGUGUGUGAGUGCAGGCGCCUGGAGAGAUGGCUCAGCAGUUAGGAGCGCUUGCUGCUCUUCCACGGGGGCUUCAUUCAGUUCCCAGCACCCGUGUCAGGCCGCUCACAGCCCCCUGGCACUCCAGCUGCUGCACAGGGCCCUUCUCCACGUGCCUCACGUGCCUCCGUGAGCACCACUUUCAUAGAAGUGUAUCUGCAGCCUCGGAAGCCAUUCUUGGGUGAGGUAGGAAAUGAAGCCAUUCCUGGCGUCACUGGCAAGCUUUAACACUGAACCUUCACUCCACCCCGGGAGCUCAAACCACGAGGAAAGGCCUGUCUUCUCACCAAUGUUGAGAGGAAGAUAAACCAUUACCAUCGGGCCCCUGACAAGCAAUAAGGCAGGUGUGAUGGUUCACACUGAGUGUCAACUUAGGAAGACCCGGAGUCACCCAGGAGACACACCCCUGGUGCCUCUGGGGGGCUGUUUCCAGAGAGAAACUGUCCAUGGGCUGUGACCUCACCGUAACCAACAGAUCCCCUGAACUGUGGGUGGAAUAAACCUUCCUCCCUUGACUUCCAUCUUGUCAUCUGUUUGGUCACAUGGGUGAGGAAUAUAACUGACACAUCAGAGGAACAAGGGUAACAGACAGAGCAACUUGCUUCACAAUUGUGAG